CUGAAGUCAGACGGCGGACAGGAGUUUGUUUUAUUCGUGCUGAUCCAUACAUCUCUGUCGACUUACGCCAGCAACUUGUCUUACAUGUAUGUCUCCAAAAUAUAAUAAUCUUCAAUCUUCAAGGAGAUCUUUUAUGAAAUUGGUAUUCUCGACGGCGUUAACUGUGAAAAUAGCAGGAACAACACGGAAAGGAUAACGAUCAUUGGUUAAUGAACCUUAAUAGGAAUACCGAAUAUUGUGGUUACUGCAAGUAACACUUAAUUAUUGCCAAAGAAGACAGGUUCAUGUUCGCAGGAUGGCUUGUAGUGGCGUUGACUGCCCCGUCGAGGCAUCUGAUUACUCUCCUAGCACACCCGUAGAGGGCGCCACAACAGAACCAUGGCUUCCCACACCUGGCAACAACUCUGGUAACAUCACGGAUACAUCCGAUGAUAGAAACGCAAAUCUGGCAAAGUGGGAGAUUUUCGUGAGCAGUCUGAUCCUUGUCAUCGCUCUCUUCGGCAACUCCAUCGUAGUACAUUCCCUUUGGAGACGUCGCAAGAAACUGUCACGGAUGCACUUCUUCAUCCUACACCUCUGCGUUGCCGAUUUGCUGACCUGUCUCUUAAGCAUAUUCACUCAGCUCGUGUGGGACAUUACCUACUUGUUCUAUGCUCCGGACGCUGUAUGUCGUAUCGUCAAGUACGGCCAAGUCUUUCCGAUGUAUCUCUCCACAUACAUCCUCGUCAUGACCGCCAUUGAUCGCUAUAUCGCAAUCUGCCAUCCUUUGCUCGGUCUACGCGGUGACUACACGAAGCGCAUGCGCAUCAUGAUCGCAAUAGCAUAUGGACUGUCGUUUCUUUAUGCCAUACCACAAAUGAUAAUCUUUAAGAACGUUGCUGUGGAAGGGGGAUACCAAUGUUGGGCGGUGAUGAAAUUUACUUCGUGGUCUCCCCGGGCCUAUAUUACGUUUUUCGUGAUGGCGGUAUACAUCAUACCAAGCUCGAUCCUUGGCAUCACGUAUGGGCUUGUCUGUUACACAGUGUGGAGAAACAUGGGCAAGACUCCGGACAGUGACCGCAAGAAGGUCAAGAAUGGUGGACAUCAUUCCAGUAGUGUAGCUACUACCAACGUCGACGAUGACGACGGGGAUGCCGAUGGUGUAGAAGUAAAGGUAUCGAAACCGACAUCCGAGAGAGAAGAUCCACUCUGCAGGAAGCACGGGUCAGCUGCAAGGGUCAGCAGGGCAAAGGUCAAAACCAUCAAGAUGACCCUAACCAUUGUCACGGUGUACGUGGCUUGCUGGACACCGUUCAGCUUGGCUCAGCUUUGGAACGUCUGGCACCCCUCGAGUGCCCCCUUUCAUGGUGAUGCCUUCACCAUUAUAAUGCUGCUGGCUAACCUGAACAGCUGCACCAACCCCUUGAUUUACCUGGCCUUCAGCGGCAACGUCAAACGUGAGACCUUGGAAACGUUUGGUUGCUUCAAGUUCGUGCGGGCCACCUCAGGCCGCUUCAACAAGUCAAAGUAUGCUAACGACCGGACGCACAUGGAUGACAACUCCAGUCGCUACGCUUCCAGCACGUCCCACGUUGGCUCAAAGACUCUUUAUUCCAGUCUGGAUACCAGCGGGCGAGAAGGCCCGAUCGCGGGGUACGCCUGCAAUUUCGGUUCAUCUGCGGCCCACACCCGUGACAUUUGAUAGUUCAGGAUGCCCUGUCAUGUUCGCAAUGCUACGACUGCUGUCAUUUCUUUGUAAUGGAACAAACUAUAUUCUUAUCUUGUACAGAAACUGGAAUUAUCAAGGACAUCAAGGUAUUCAUCUCAGCUGAAUCUGAACAUGUACUGUAAUUUAUAUUUGUACUAAUCUCCUGUAAGCCACACUGGACCAAGAACGUUAGCGACAGUUGCUUGGAUUGACGUAAAUCUAUACUCUGCUGAAAUGGGUUUGCCUAAAUAUGUUCGCUAGGUAUAAUUAUAUCAAUCAUAUGGUUCCAUCGACAAAGCAAAUUGAUGUCUUUAUAUCUAUACUAAUUUUUACAAUGAAUACAUGAUAUAUCAAAUAUAAAUCGUUUUGGAAAACCAUGAAAAUAAGCAUUAUGUUACGCCUGUGUUACAAAGGUGCAUUUCGUUUUCGACAUUCAUGUUUUUCGUCGCAGUAGUGCACGUAGAUACAUGUAUCAAGUAUAAAAUGUUCAUAAAAAUCUAGUGGGUUACAGCUAUGUACUUUCGAUUGUAUAGUAAUCGAAAUCUGCCAAUUUCCUAAAUUAAAACAAUUACUUUUAAGUGCCCUCUCUCACUCUCUGAGAUCAAGAGCAUUAAGAGAGCGUAUAAACGGUACUUAUCGAAACUGCAAUUUAUGACGGUGGCGUAACUAAAGAGGCACCGGGGAACGUGCCUCCCCCUCCCUAAUCGAGUGGUGGUAUAAAUAGAGAGGAAAAAGGUGUACUAACUCUCACGCCAUAGCCAUGUAAAUUCGCAUUUUAAUUUCCGUGUAAGACCAGCGCCCCCUUCCCAAUUGUCCCCCUCACUCGGUGCACACUCGCUACGCCACUGAUUUCUGAUAAUGGCAUUUAACGUGUGUAUUGGGUGGUAUUACGUGGGUCACAGUAGGCUCUCGAUGAUUAAACUGCACCUCAAUCAUGUAUCUAUUUCGGUGAUUAAAUUCUAAUGAAAACACACUGGCAUGAACGACAAAGGAAGGGAUUGUUUUUCAAGCGCAAUAAAGGUUACAUUAUCAGACUAUUAUAAUCACACACAGAAUUGUGUAAUUUUGCUUUUUGCUUUUCUCUAACUAGGCCUAAGCAAAUUGCUUUUCCACACAUUAAUGCUGGAGUGUUAAUCCGUUUAUUAGGAACAUAUUUGACUUUGUGCUUGUCUUCUUUCUCAGACCAAACAUCAUUCUAUUUUUAUAGAGGCUGACACAUACGAAAUGUUUAAUGGUUAAAUUGUUUUAUAAUUAUAUGACAUAUAUUUGAAAAAGUUUGUACAGAAAAAAUGCUUUAAAAUUGGCACACAUUUCAAAGAUUUUGUUUACCAUUGCGCGCCGAGGACGAGGAUGAUAGAUUAGAGUUCGCCGACAAAUCAUCCCGUGACUACUGUUCCGCGGUCUUACCCUGACCAUAUUCCCGACUGAAGUCCUGGACCAAUAGGCCUACUAACUCUAACCUUGACAUUAAAACUUAAACUUACAUCUAAUUUGGAACAUUAGAGACUUUUAGAUGUGCGUGGACUGCUACGUGUGACGUCCUUUUCUGGCAUCUUUGGUUGCCAGCUUAAAAGGACGUCACACGUAGCAGUCCACUAUGUCGACUUGCAAAUCUAAAAGUCCCUAUUAACCCUGAGACUGUAACUCGGACGAAAUAAAGCCGGAAUAAAUUGAAGCAAAUUAAACUAUCGGGUUACCAAGUGGAAAAACUAAUACCUGUUUCUCAAGAGUUUCAGUGGCCAUUUUAAAAACAAAAACACCGUCAUAAUUUGUAACUUUCAGACUUCCGAACAACCACAUAUUUAUCCUAAAAUAAUAAACAUAUAUAAUGUUUAAUUUAGUACUGAAGAUCACAUCAUGCAUGGACAUACAGACUGACUUCAGACUACAAUUGAUUUUGACAAGUUACUCUUCGGUUACUCGACAAUAUAAAGCCAGUUUGUAAAUAGCUUUGGAACGGAUGACCCCAAAAUAUCCACAGAUCU